AGUAGCCUUUCCGUUUCAACACCCUUCUAUACAUGAGUAGCUAUCCAUUUCAACAGUCAUUUCAGUCCAAAAGCAAUUUUGGAACGUUGCAAAUGCCAUGACCCGCCUUCUCUACAACGGAAUGUGACAUGACGUUUGGCACCACUUCAGUGUUGAGGAAAAGCUUUAACCUCUACUUGGAGCUCUGGUGUUGGUGUUAGUAAAGAGAGAGUCGACAGUCUGGCGGUAGUGGAGGAGUGAGCCGCUACAAUUCUAUCAUCUUGUUCGUUUAAUUUCAUUUCUUACGAUGCUCAAUCCUCAUGGGGGCCAAGCGCUCUAUGCCCCCCCGGUGCCCGCCCCAGGCCCCAUGGUUCCCCCAGCUAGCAUGUUUGGCAACGUACCAGGGUACGAGGACACUUUAUCUGGCGGAGGAGGUGGAUAUCUCCCCCCACCGAUGCCCUUGCACCCGAAUCGGGAUCCAGAGCCUGCACCCGUACAACAAGACUGGAACAUCCCCUCCAUCACUGAAGAUGUGGCGCGGGAGCGUUUUAUAAUGUACGCGUCUGGUUACUGCUGCUAUAACAAUGCCCCCGCCAAGGAUGGAGUGAUCACUGACAUGCAGGCGUUCAACACCUAUCGGAGGACAAUAUGUCAGGUGGAGUACCGUUUGGAGACAUUCACAGAGUCUAGAUCUACAGAGUGGGCCACCAAGCCUUAUGAAGGUGAACCAGCAGACUUCUACACGCAGACUGCCCCCCGGCCGUGGGAAAUCCCAGUGACAGGUCCCUCCCUGUUCCAAAACCACGAGGAGAACAUAAAAGUCCCUUACACAUCAUCUAACAAGCCCUGCCACACUUGUAGUGCCUCUGGAAAGAUGCCCUGCCAUGAGUGCAAUGGGUCUGGAACGAAAGCUUGUUGGGUCUGCAACGGAUCUGGCAGACGGGGAGGAGAUAGUCCCUGCAGCCAAUGCAAUGAAAGAGGAAAGGAGAACUGCUCUAAAUGUCAUGGUAACGGGACUAAAGAAUGUGAGACCUGCAAGGGCAAGCGGCAACUGUUGACCUACAUCAACCUUAAAGUCGAGUGGAAGAAUAAUGUUGAAGACUAUGUUGUGGAGCAGAACAGUGGGCUGGAGGUUAACAAUCUGAGCGAUGUGACGGGAAAGACACUCUUCAAAAACGCCCAGUACAUGCUGUAUCCAGUGUAUGGCUUCCCAGAUCCGUCUUUAUCCCAGGCUUCAGACCGUUUGGUUAGAGAACACCAGGCUAAAUACUCCCAGAACUCUCGCAUCCUUCAACAGCAACAAACCAUCGAGUUGAUUCCCAUCACCAAGGUGACCUACAAGUGGAAGGGAGGCAUCCAUGUUUACUAUAUCUAUGGGAACGAACACCAGGUCAAAGUUCCUAACUACCCUGCCACCUGCUGCUGCUCUAUCAUGUAACCAGUCAAGCCAGCCAGCCAGCCACUUAACCAUACCCCUUUUGGUGGAUGCGUCACCAGGCCAACCCAAUACAGCCUUGACUCGACUUAGUUCAGCUCAGUAUGAAAAAAGGUUGUGUUUAUCAGUUAGCUAGCUAGUUAGUUAGUUAGCUAGUUAGUUAGGUAGGUAUUGUAGGUAGUUCUUUAGGGCCUUUUACCCUCUCAGGUGUUUAGGGCUAAGUGUAUUCUGAUCAGUAUACUUCAUGUUGUUGUUUAUUUUUAUAAUAAUUAAUGCAGCCCUGGAAUUUCAGGAAUUUGUUUUUUGUUUCAACUUUCAAUUUUUCACAAGUAAAUUACUUUAUGCAAAUAUCUUUUUUUUAUUGUUCAGAAAUGUGGUGGGUACUCUCUUCGUUCGCUGGACUUUAUCCUGCUAACUGUUCCAAAUGUCCGAACUGAAUUUGAAAAAAGGUAUUUUAUGUACACUGCGCCAUCGUCUUGGAACACCUUAUAAAAUCAUUUUAAACUGGAAGAACUUGUCCCGAUUGGUGUUUUUAAAAUCACUGAUGAAGGAUUUUGAGGCUGAUUCCCUGACCUGUCAAUGUUUUUAAUUUGCUGUUUUUGAUUUUGUUAUACUCUUGUGAAUUCUAUGGUCUUUACUAGAUUACUUGUAGUUUUUCAUGUUGUUUCUGUCAUUUUUGUAAUGACUUGGUGCUGCCUAUCUUGGCCAGGACGCUCUUGAAAAAUAGAUUUUAAAUCUCUAUGAGCCCUUCCUGGUUAAAUAAAAAAUAAAAUAAAUAUAGAAAAACUAAAGGCUAUUGAAGGA